AUGCCUUCUUAUCCAAAUUCACAAACUUCAGAACAACCUUCUUUUCCCCCAUCACCAAAUUUAAUGACCAUGAAUCAAUCUCAGUAUAUGUGGUCAAUGCCGCCUCAAUAUGGCAUUCUGAAUGCAUUUGGGAUGCCUUAUCAACAAGGAAAUUUUAUGCCGACUGGAUUCUCUAGUAGCUCCAUUGAAGUCCCAAGACCUUCCAUGAUCCCGGAGGUUGAAGGACUCGACAACAUUUGCCUCGAUACAGAUUCAGACAAAGCCAAAGAAGUUGAGCCUAAAAGACGGGGUAAAGCGACAGCAAUACCGUGGACACAUGAAGAGGACGUUUUACUAUGUCGAGCUUUCUGUACCAUCUCAAGUGAUCCGGUCAUUGGCGCUCAACAAACGUCCGAAGGCUUUUGGAGGCGAAUUAUACAGUAUUAUAAUGAAGCUGGUGAAGCACGAAACCUCAUUCAGAGAACCAUGGAGUCAGCAAAAUCUCAUUUUUAUGCUUUCCAUGGAGACUGUCUCAAAUUUAAUGCGUCAAUAAACAGGUUUUGGGCUGAUCAAAGAAGUGGUGAAAAUGAUGCAAUUGUUUUGCAGAAUGCACUAAUGGAGUGGAAUAACGAGGGGAAAAAGAAAGGGGGCUUUAAAUGGCUUCAUUGCUGGGAGGUAUUGAAAAAUAAUGCCAAAUUUGAUGGGGCAUAUCAGACAUCCCGAGGAGGAAAGAAAGCUAGAAUAUAUGAUACUGGAGAUCACACUUCUGGCUCUGGGAAAGAUGUCGAGCCUAGUGGUGAUGGUGAGGACAGAUAUGUACGUCGACCAAUUGGCUAA